AUGCUUCUGCGUCCAGCUGGAGUCACCGUGCCUGGGGAGGAGCUGCAGCCGCACGGCCGAGCCACCAGCUCUGCUGACAGGGGCUUCUCCAAGGAGGAGCUGCAGCAGAUCCUGCAGGAGCGGAACGAACUCAAGACCAGCCUCUUCCUGGUGCGGGAGGAGCUGGCCUACUACCAGCGUCUCCGCCUCCACCCACGCCUGGACGGACUCGGGCUCGGCCCGGCCUGUGACGCGCUGCCUGCUGCAGUGCUGAAGGACUGGGCUGAGGGACCGCCCUGCCCUGCCCUGCCCUGCCCUGCCCGGACGGGCCUGCCCCAGCCUGCAGGUGGACUUCGUAAGCUGCCCACAGCUGGGCUGCCCGGCUCGCCAAGGAACUCUGCUCAGCUUGUCGCCCCCGCCCCACCAUGGGGCCACGCUGCUGGACACGGCUCAUCACCGCCACGGGGCAUGGCCCCGCGGGGGGAGGCUGCGGCAGCCCCAAGCGCCGUGCAGCGCUGGCCACGUGCAGACCCCUGCCCCAGCUGUCGGAGGCACCUGGCGGGCGCCACUGAGGACAGCAGUGACGGGCUCCCAGGACAGUGGGAUCCAUGGGCGGUGCUGGCAGGUCUGCAGGGAAGGGCUUGCUUGCGCUUGCUGCUUGGGGACCGCUUGUGCGGGGGCCAGGACCCCGGCGCGCUCUUCGCUGCACGCGUGGGGCUGCAUGCGCUCAGGGCUGCACGCACUGUGGGGCGCGGGGUGGGGUUGUCUGGUGUGCAUGUUGCUGGCUUUUAAGUGCCUAAUAAAGGGGCCCAGCUUUUCUACAAGGCUUCUCUCCUGCUGCUGCUUCCUGCGGGGCGGGGAGGGGAAGGGAGCAAUCCACCUGUCAAGGGUGAGGGACCAGCACCCCCUCCCAGGGCUCCUGUUUCUGGCCCCCUGCACUGGGCAGGUGGAGGCAAAGCCUUGCCUGGGAGGCAGCCACGUUGUUUGGGGCCCUGCCUCUGGCAGGUGGGCAGCCCUCUAGAGCUGGCACAGCAGGCCUGGACAGCCCAGAGGGCAUCGUCUUGGGGCCCCAUCCCAGGCCGGAUGCAGCCCUCCAGCAGCCCCCUGCCCUGGCUGCGUGACCUCCCCAGCUCGGGCAAGCCGCGUGCUGCAGGAGCUGAGUGCUCAGGGACGAUGUGGGCACCCUGCCCGGCUGUCCUGUGCAGGGGGCCACUGCACGCUGCCGCCACCCCCUGCCCUGCCCUGCCCUGCCCUGCUAGCCAAGCAGCCCCCAGCCUGCAGUCAGGCAGGGUGCUCUGACUCCUGCGAUCUGGGCUUGUGCUCCCAGGGGCUGCAGCUGCCUCGGCCCCUGCCUGUAUGGCUCUGUUCCUCCUGGCCGUGGGGAGUGCCUUGUUUUUUAUCUGCCAGCUGCUCGGGCUUUGCCUUCCCCAGCCCCCUCCUGGGCAUCCCAGGCUGGCUGCUGACCAGAUGCUGGGGCAAGAGCCACUUGCAGCUGCGGUGCAGCAAAGGGCGGGCGAGCUCCUCACCCUGGUGACCCAAGUGCCGAGGCUGGCGCCCCUCUCGGGCAAGCAGCCAGGCUUGUGCCUUGGCCCCGCCGAGGCUGUCCUAGACCCGGGUCCUUGCAUAGGCUCUUCCCCAUGCCUGAAGCUAUCUUGGCUGCAGCGCUUGAGCAUAGCUGCCUUCCUCCCUGGGCCUGGCCCUGAGGCCUUGCCAGGCCCUGCCAGCACAGGCCCCACGCCCCGGGCACAUGCAUUGUGUUCGGCCCCUGCCCUGCAGCGUCUGCGACACAGGUCUCCAUGCAGGGACGGUGCCCUCGGGCAGGGCUGGAGCCUGUCCGUGCGGGGGCUGCCAUGCAGGAACCUCUGGGGACAGGCUCUGCCACCAGCGAGGGAGUGCCCACGGUUCUUGAGGGCUUUCCCUGCCCCCCGGGAUGGACAGACAGUAAAUGACUGGUCCCUGGAGCCAUGUCAGCUGGUUGGAGACGGGGGGCAGAGGCACUGCUUGGGGAGGACUGGGCAGCGGGAGAGCCCUGGCUGCAGGAGCUCUCGCUCGGGUCGUGGAAAUGUCCCUUGCACUCCGUGGAUCGGCCCUGGGCUGAAAGGGUACGUGCACACGUGUGCCUGGCUUGCAGUAGCACGAGCUGGGCAGUGGGAAGAGCAGCACGCAUGCCCAGCUAGUGGCAGGAAAGGAGCCCGGGGGCACAUCUGCUGACUGAGAUGCGGGUGCUCCCUGGUCGCGAGGAUCGUGGGGCUCGGCACUGCCUCCAGAUGUGGCGGGGAAGCCCGUCGCUGCGGAGAGGGCUGCGACCCCAGGGGCCUUUUCUAGCUCUGCGACCAUGGCGGCCGCUCCGUGCCCCAGGACAGGAGGCAGGAGCCCAGUGGCCGCAGUCUCUUCCCUGCUCGGGGUCUUGGCCCCAGGUCUGACUUCUCCUUUGCACGCUAGUGAUGAUGAUUAUGAUGACAAGGGCUCGUGGCUCCCGGCGCCCGAAGCGGGCAGUGUGGGCGCUCAGACCCCUGGCUCCAAAAUCAGAAGCUUUUUUGGCCCGUGGUAUCGUGGCAGUAGCAGCUCGGACGCCUCCCGGCCAGGCAGCGCUGGAGCGUGGGGAAUCGUUGACUCGCAGGGUGGGUGCGUGGAGCAGGAUGGAAGCGAGCCUGCGGCCUGUGCCCCCGCCGAGCCAGCGAGCGAGUGAGCAGGGACCUGCCCUGGCCCAGCUGCGGCGCUCUCCCUCCGCCCGGUGCCCAGGACGUGCUCCUGGACCAUGCGGUGGCCUCGGCUGCGCUUGGGGCAUUGCUCUCCACGUCGCAGAGCCCGUUCCCGCCGUGGCUGCAGAGGCAGCGUUGGAGCAAGUUCGGCAAAGGGGCAUCCUCACCACUGUGGACUGAUGGUGCUGGGCAGCAACUCGCAGCCCAGUGUCCUGAUGCUGUGCAUCCCACCUGUUCCUGUCGCCAGCCCGGACACGUCCAGCUGACGGACGACUGCCUUGGCUUUGUGCCCUCUGUGCCAGUGCUGCGCCUCGUGCCCCAGGAGCAGGACAAGGCGCAAUCCCCACGGCAGCAGGUUGGCUCGGCCGUGUGGGCAGCGUGGGACGCAGACGUGAUGCGGGGCCUGGGGGUCCAGCCCGUUGGAUGACGAGAUUGGGGCCAGGAUGCUGCUUUCUUGCUCUGGGCCUGGGAUCAGCCCCAGAAAUAAACCCGCCGGGGGCUGCGCUGUGCCUGGCAUCCCGAGCUGCGCCCGUGUUCUCGGCGGCUGUCCGUGCCUGCGGCUGGCAGGGACGCUGGUGGGGUCUCGGCAGGUCGUGCCGGCAGCAAGGGCCCGUCUCGUUGUGGAGUCAUCUCUGGCUACUCCCCGUGGUGCCAGCUGAGGGUCCAGCCUUCACCACGGCUGUGACCCCGGCCCCAGGGGGCUGUUACCUGGGCACCUGCUGGGCACGCUGCAGAGCCCCCUCCCCAGUGCUGGCAGGGAGUGCCUUGUCUGGUCUGUGGUUGCUGCUCUUGUGGCUCCAGCCCCGGCGGGGUUGCAGCCCCAGAAAGUGCGGGGAAGCGGAGCGGGCUGCCCGGCCUGGAGGUGCCGCUGGCCCGGUGGCCCCCAGCCUGCUCCACCUCAUGCUCACGGGGCAGGAAAAAGCUGUUUCCUGUGCAUCCGCUGCUGCGGCGCCAGGAGAGGUGGCUGAACGGCGGUGGCUGGAGACGUGCCAGCCCGGUCCCUGCA